AUGCAUGUAAACGAGCUGAAUAAAACCGUAUUUAAGGAGGAUUAUAAAAAUAAAAGAAACACAAAAGAAGUUGAAUUCAUGGAAACUAUUGAAAAUUUAAGUGAUGCUUUAAUGUCAAACAACGAUUCAUUUGAUAGUAAUGCAUGCUCAAAAACGUCAAGUAGUAAAAGGGUGAAUGUAAAAGGAAAUGAAAAACAAAAGAAAGAUAAUUUGAAAAAUAAAAAUAAAAAUGUACCAAAUGACAAAAAAAAAGAAGAAAUUACUCCUACAUACAUUCCACAAAUAUAUGAAACGUAUGACUCAAAUCCUAUAGAAGAAUCACAAACCUACAAUAAUAAUGAAUAUCAAAUUGGCUUUAACAUUAUUCCCAACAUCUUGGCUAUAUUUUACAUAAUUAUAACACUAGUUAUAAUACUACAGUCGUACUUAAGCAAAGAUCAUAUAAUAAUAAAAAUCAUCAACAUAGUAAAACUUAAACUUCUUGAUUUGUUAAAAACCCUACCGAUUACUAAAAACCUUAUGAACAAAAUCACCUCAUCAAUCAUAGUAACUCACUUGUUUUUAGAUGAUUUAAUGGUUAAAAGUAAUUUGAUGAAACCAUAUAUAGAGGCAAUAAAAGGAAUCAUAACGGAAUAUUUUUUUUUAAUUCUUUUUAUAAUUUUAAUGUACUUUAUAUCAUCAUUUAUUUUACAUAUAAUAUUUGAAAUUAUAGCAAUGAAGAGAGAAAAAGAUUUAUUAGAAAAAGAAAAUGUUGUACUUGUAACGAACAAAAUGACCGUUGAAGAAUAUGAAGACAUGUCCUUCACUUACAGUGAAUUAGCAAAAUUACAUGAUGAUAAGGAUUUUAUUUGUUUAAAAAACAAAAGAGCAGGAGAAGGAAUUGAGUUAUGGAAUUGGCAAAUAAGAAAACAUAAAAAUCAAAGUAAUGAUAUAGACAUCUGUAGUGAUAUUGAACUCUCAGAUAUGGAUGAAAAUUGA